AUGUCUGCUCUUCCCCCACCGGGUUUUUGGGCAGUGUUGAUCGGAAUCGACCAUUACGACAAAUACAAACCACUGAGGGGGUGCGUUUCGGACAUUGAGAAUAUCGAACGUCUCCUUCAUGACACAGUUGACUCGACGCGGCUGCAGGUCUACAAGAUCACCGCAGCAGUAGCAAACGAGCCGCACCCGCCUACGUACAAGAACAUCAUGGACACUUUUCAAGAAGUCAAAAGGAAAGCAGCACCAGGCGACUUCUUUUACCUUCACUAUUCCGGGCAUGGUGGUCGCCAACAGCGCAAGGAGGACCCCCAGUAUCCUCAGCAUCAUGCAGCCGGUGGGGAGAUGUACGAAAGCCUUGUUCUCCACGGCGACAAACAUCUCAAAGAUUAUGAGCUCGGACAAUGCCUGGACGGCUUGGCUGAUGCCGGCGUCAAAACUUUCGCUGUGCUCGAUUGCUGCCACUCCGGGGGUGCUGACAGGGUCGCCGACGACACCAUCCGCGGACUCGACCACGUUAUCCCGCCGGAUGAAGAUGACAACGAUGUUCUCCCGCAUUAUCCAGAGGAAGAGUCCGACGCUACUACUCAGGAACCAAGUCGGGAUGGCUCAGCCAAGGCGUCAUAUUGGACCAGGGCACGGAAAUAUACCCUCCUGGCUGCAUGUCAACCGCAUGAGUACGCGAGGGAGUGUGAAGACCAAAAUGGCGAGAGGCACGGUGCCCUGACCUAUACGAUGCUCAGGUCCAUAGCAAAGCUCAGUGUCAGCGGCGUGAUACCGACUUAUAAGACGUUGUAUUGGGAUAUCGCCGCCAACAUUUUCAGCGUCUCUUCUACCCAACAUCCUAUGCUCUUUGGAGAACGCGACAUUCACUUGUUCGGAAGCACCAGCCAUCAAAGCACUCGACUUGCUGUUGUGAAUAGAAUCGACGGUGACCGGCGGCUUUAUAUCAGCAGAGGUGAAGCACACGGCGUCCGCGUUGGUGAGGAGUACGCUGUGCACCCGCGAGGGGCAUUCGAUCUAUCUCAGAUAAUUGCGAAGAUCCGGAUCAACUCAGUCGGGAUGACACGCGCGUCUGCGAAGAUUCCGCCGAUGGCCAGGGUGGAACAGGGUUGUCCUGUUUCACUGGUCACUCCGGUCAUUACCGAUCUUCUGCGCGUGAAGGUCCAGUCCCCGGAGCUACUGCAGGAACUGCAACAGAGAACCGGAUCCACGAUUCAGUUCAAUGCAUACGAUUCACGGGACGCGACGCACCAAGUGCUCUUUCAGGAUCAAUCCCACCAGAUAGUGGAUGCCACCGGGACUCCUUUAUCGAAUUGUCCUUUAUUCCCGGCCAACGGAGAAGCCGCCACCAAAAUAUACACCUUCUUGCAAAAGUUUGCGCAUUACCGGAUGGUUGCACAACUUCAUAAUGAAAAGUCCCACCUGAAUGCCUCUUUCGUUUUCCAGGAACGCGACGGAAUCGACGAUGUCUUUCAUGAAGAGAGUAUCAACCUGGUGUUUAAAAACCUGAAACCGCCUCCACCUAUUGGAUCCCUCCGCGAUGUGUUGUAUUUCAGCGUCCUCAAUUUGAGAGACAAUUGGGAAGUCGCACUUGUUAUCCCGGACCCGGAUGACACAGAUGAUUCCAUCGCAGUUGGGCCUGGCGAGACAAGUGAUCAGUACGAUAUGGAGAUGACGAUUCGGACCCCUCAACAAUCCGAGCUGGAUGACAUUUUCAUGACAAAGACCGCAAGAACCAAAGCACGAGUUGAUGUGAUCGUCAUUUCGGUCGGGAUCCACUAG